UUGCUUAGCUACGGCUUUACAAGACCAUCUAGAUGGCUUUUUGAGGUCACUUUCCUUACCUAUGGUCCUAUGAGACCGUCUAGAUAGCCUUUGAGGGUCCCUUAACUUACCUAUGGUUUUAUGAGAUUGUCUAGAUGGUCUUUGAGGUCCCUUUCCUUAUCUAUGGUCUUCUGAAACCAUCUAGAUGGUCUUUGGAGGUCUCUUUGCUUACCUAUGGUCUUAUGAGAUUAUCUAGAUCAGAGGUCCAUGGGCCGGAUACGGCCCUCCAAGGUCAUUGACCUGGACUCUGUCCUAAACUUUAGACUUAGGGUUGACCUAAGUCUGAAAUGACUUGAAGGCACACAAAAACAAUCCUAAUUUUUUACUAUUUCAUCCUAGUCCGGCCCCCCAACAGUCUGUGGGACAGUGAAUCGGCCCUCCACUUAAAAAGUUUGAGGAUCCCUGGUCUAAAAUGACUUGAAGGCACACAACAACAAUCCUUGACUACCUCAUUGGCCAGAAGCAGGCCCACACUUCUGUGAGGUUUAUGUUGGUUACAAUUGUUUUCAUUUUUAAAUAUUGUAUUGUUCUUUCAUUGUUGUUGUUCUUUUGCACUACAAAUAAGACAUGUGCAGUGUGCACUGGAAUUUGUUUUUUCAAAUAAUAAUUCGGCCCCUUCGUAGUCUGAAGGAUUGUGGACCGGCCCUCUGCUUUAAAAGUUUGAGGACCCCUGGCCUAUAGCUUGAGCCGCCCCUGCCUUGGCUUCCCAGCAUUGCCUCCCUCUCUGCCCUGUGCUGCCACUUGGAGCCCAACCCAAUGCUGGCUCCAUCUCAUCGUCAGUUUUGCUUUCCUUCUGCAGGAUGUUCUCCAUCUGGACCAGUCUCCUGGUCUUGGUUCUGCUGUUUGGACAUGGAGAGGGACAGAGCUGCCGGCCGGGGAUCCAAGGCGUUGUUCCCAACGUGGCCAAAGGAUGCUCUGCUUUCCAGUCCUCCACAUACCAGCACUACUCCACAUCUCUGGUAGCCGGGAAGGCUGUGGAUGGGAUCUGCAGUGGAAAUCUGCCUAAAGACCUCUCCUGCUCCCACACGAACGCGGACUCGGAGCCCUGGUGGUACGUGGAUCUGGGGAAGAAUUAUACUGUCUUCUCCGUCCUCCUGAAAAACCGUCAGGACUGCUGUCCAGAGAGGAUCGACAAAGCCGAGGUCCGCGUGGGAAACUCCAAGGAUGCAAACAUCAAAUUCAACCCCCUCUGUGGGACCAUCCAGACCAGUGGCCCGGACUCCACCAGCACCAUCCAGUGCAACGGGCUCGUGGGGCAGUACGUGAGCGUCAACUUGCCUCGGAGUGACUACCUGACGCUGUGCGAAGUGGAGGUCUAUGCCUUGAAAGUGGAGUCCGUGUGCCCCUCAUUGCACCCCUCUCUCCCCCCUUUGCUCCCCUUUGGAGCCCAACCCAACCUUGGCUCAACCUCAUCCCCAAUUUUGCUUUCCUUCUGCAGGAUGUUCUCCGUCUGGACCGCUCUCCUGGGCUUGGCCCUGCUCUUUGGACAUGCGGAGGGACAGAGCUGCCGGCCGGAGGUCCAAGACAUUAUUCGCAACGUGGCCAAAGGAUGCUCUGCUUUCCAAUCCUCCACAUACCACCACUACUCCGGAUAUCUGGUAGCCGGGAAGGCCGUGGAUGGGAUCUGCAGUGGGGAUCUGAAUCAAGACAACUCCUGCUCCCACACGAACGCCGACCCGGAGCCCUGGUGGUACGUGGAUCUGGAGGAGGAGCACACCGUCUCCGCCAUCGUCGUGAGAAACCGCCAGGACUGCUGCCCGGAGAGGCUCCGGGAUGCCCAGGUCCGCGUGGGAAACUACAUCGGUGCAAACAGCAAAAAAAACCACCUCUGUGGGACCAUCCAGGACAUCAGCCCGGGCUCCACCAGCACCAUCCAGUGCAACGGGCUCGUGGGGCAGUACGUGAGCAUCAACUUGCCUCGGAGCGACUUCCUGACGGUGUGCGAAUUGGAGGUCUAUGCCAUGAAAGUGGUGUGCGCCUGACCCUCCCCUUGGCACGUGCGGGGCUCAGAGAAGGGUGGUGGGAGCGGGUGAACGAGGCCUCGCCAAUAAAUAUCCAUCCUGGAAUAA